AUGAACGAUGGUGAAGGUUGUACUGAUGAUCUGAGCUCUGGAAAGGAUGAUGGUCAGAUGAGUGAUGGUGAGGGUUGUACUGCUGUUUUGAGCUCUGGAAAAGACGAUGGUAAGAUGAAUAAUGGUGAAGGUUGUACUGCUGAUCUGAGCUCUGGAAAGGACGUUGGUCAGAUGAAUGAUUGUCAAGGUGGUACUGAUGAUCUAAGCUCUGGAAAGGACGAUGGUCAGAUGAAUGAUGGUGAAGAUUGUACUGCUGAUCUAAGCUCUAGAAAGGACAAUGGUGAAAUGAAUGAUGAUGAUGGUUGUACUGCUGAUCUAAGCUCUGGAAAGGACAAUGGUCAGAUGAAUGAUGGUCAAGGUUGUUCUAAUGAUCUAAGCUCUGGAAAUGAUAAUGGUCAGAUGAAUGAUGGUGAAGGUUGUACUACUGAUCUGAGCUCUGGAAAAGACGAUUUUCAGAUGAAUGACGAAGGUUGUAGCACUGAUCUGAGCUCUGGAAGGGACAACAGUCAGAUGAAUGAUGUUGAUGGAUGA